UGUUUUUUCGCCUGCCUGUGCACUGAACCGGACUGACUGAACCUGUCAUAUAUGCGGCUGAACCCAAAUGCAGACCAACAGAUCUUACUGCAGUGAGCAUCGAGAAAGAAGACAGACACUCAAACUGACUCGCGGACAGGUGAGCGCUGAAGGUAACUCGCUUCUUUACUAUUCUACAACCCUUAUGUUAGACAUCGGUUAAACAUCCAUCAUAGAAACAUUGUAUGUCAUCACUGAAGUUGGAUAUAAGAGGAAAAGGAGAUUGUGUUUUUUUACGAUUGGGAUGUUUUUGUAACUUCAGUUUAGUUGUUUUCACAUUUUCAAUGAUACACAUGGGCUGUAAUAUUCAGUUUGGUUUUUACAGAUGGAGCUCUUUAUGUUUCAUUUAGUAGAGCUGACCAAGUUUAAUCAUUAAACAAUAUAAGAAAGUUCAUGCAACUUCAGGAAUUAUUAAACAUUUUACACUUGAAGCAAAAGUUCUCAGUUCUGACUUUUUCUGUGCUCAUGAGGUCUUUACUUCCCAGUAUGAGUGAUGAGUGCUGAGAAAUUUUGACUAAAGAUUUCUCAUGAUAAAACAGUUAACUCUGUAAAUGUAAAACCUGCGGUUAAUGUGAUGGUCUGUUGACGUCUGUGAAGAAACUUAUGAAGGGGCUUGAACCAAGUGAUUGUUAUCUGUUAAAAACCCUCAGACUCUCAAUUCUGCUGUCUGAACACCAUGACACAGAAAAACAAGAUCAGACUGAACUCUGGGCAUGCAUUGACACUGAACUAUACACUGACUAAAGACUAUUAAUAAAUAGUUUCAGCUGCAGCAGGUUUUUCGUUUCAGAAUAAAGAUGUGUGGUUCUUGUGGUUGUGCUCAGAAAGUGAUGAUGUUUUAGUUCAACAUAUGUUCAAAGAAACAAAAGGCCACACAUUGCACAGACCUGAACUCUAACUACAUGUUGAUGCAGCAGCAGGUCUGAGUUCAGGGAGACCAGUUGCCAACAUGUGGAAGAUGUUACCCCGAUGCUGAGAAAUAAUUCAGAAUUCAAUUUCUAACCCUAAAAGAUAAACAUCUCUAUUAAAACCAUUAACUUGUAAAUAUGAACAACAUGGCACGUCUCCAGGAGAGUAAAGUUCCUUUUUUUUUGUUAUCCUCAUGUUUCAUGUCUUGUGUUUCCUGUUUUACUGUCUCGUUUCAGAUCCCUUGCUUCCUUCCCUCCCUCCUGUGUCUGCGGCAUCUGUGAUUACCUGUUGUGUCUCACCUGUGCCUAGCAGUCUCCACUCCCCUUGAGCACUUAAUCUCUGGCUGUUUUCAAAAACUGCUUGCUAUACUAGAAGUUCGUACUCAUUUGGCUAAAAUGCAUUAUGUAGUUUGUGAACAAGAUGCGAGAUCCACAGUAUGCCAACAAUACCCGGAUGUUGUACUGAUUCUGUAAAAAAUGGACAGAAUAGACCAGUCUCCCUCGUGCACUUAUUCCCACAAUUCAAUUCAAUUUUCUAAAAACUUAAAUACCAAUGAAGCAGUGAAUUGAAUUGAAUACAAAGGCAUGUUUUUGUUUUUGUGUGUGUAUAUAUAUAUAUAUAUAUAUAACCACGUCAGUGUGUGGGUGCAGCUCUUCCUCCUUUGUAUCUCAUCAGUCUCUUCUGAAGGAAGUAGAUCACAGAGUUCCUCGGACACACAAACUGAUCACUGCAGAAUCUGUCUGAGAUCAUCCCGAAACAUGACAGACUUUGGAGAAAUUGGAAUGACCCCGUCCCUCAACCUGUCCUCAGAAAACAACCAGACAAAUGGUCACUGUGAACAAAUUGACAUGCCGGGUCGUAUUUUCUUCAUUCUGGUCUACAGUCUGGUGUUUCUGCGCCCAGCAGCAGACAUCAAACAGCGUGACCAUCUACCUGAAGAACCUGGCAGCUGCAGACUACCUGAUCACCCUCAGCCUCCCCUUAAGAAUCAGCCACUUCUCCAGCCGCUCUGUCACCAUGUUCAGAGUCUACUGCAACUUUGGUGUCUUAGCCUUCUACCUGAACAUGUACGCCAGCAUCCUGUUCAUGGGUUACAUCGCAGCAAACAGGUAUCUAAAGAUCGUCCAUCCUUUAGGGAAUCACAUCCUUCAGACAGUGGGAGCCGCCCACAUCAUCUCUGCGGUAACCUGGGUUCUCCUCUUGGCCAUAAUGACCACCUACAUCACCCUGUCGUUUAUCCUCACCAAUACAUCACUGCCAUCUCUUCCAAAUACAUUGAUCUGUGAUGUUCUGCACAGUAAAAAGCUCAGCCCCUUCUACAAUUUCAUCGUUAUCUUCACUGCAGCCGCCUUCAUCAUCGUGUUCGUCUCCCUCAUCUUCUUCUACCACGGCACCUCCCGCAGGCUGUCAGCAGCACAGCAGAGGCAGCAGGCGUCCUCCGGCUCCAAGAAGCUCGCCAAGUCCCGCAGGAACAUGUUGGUGCUGGUCAGCGUCUUCUGCGUCUGCUUCGUCCCGUACCACCUGGUCCGCCUGCCGUACGCUUUCCUGAGGAGGCAGUGCUCAUGGGGGCAGGCCUUCUUCUACCUGAAGGAGCUGAGCGUCAUGGUGUCUAUCUUCAACGUCUGCUUGGAUCCGCUCAUCUAUUUCAUCUUCUGUAAAUCCUACAGGGCCCAGCUGAGGAGAAGUGUUUGGGGACGUACACAGAGGGCUGGCUAAAAGGAGGAGCAACAAAAGUUGGAUGCUCUUUAACCAGCAAAAAUAUGACAGAGAGGUUGUUGUGUUGUUGAACAGACAUUGUGUUAACUGACAUCAGUAAAUUUAACAUUUUCUUUCAGUAUAGGUUUUAAUGUGUUCAGACCAUGUUACGGGAUGGUAUUUUUGUCUGCAGGUCGUGCUGCUCGUUGCAACUCCACUGCAGUCCUCAGGACAUAAUAAAGGAACACCAGCCGGUAUCCUUCCUUCCAAGCCAAAUCCAGAAACACCCAGCUCCACCUCAGCCAGAUUCUUGAGUGCCUACCGCUUUUAUAAUCUUGUGACUUGGAGCUACUUGUUUUGCACCAAUUGUUUUUCACUAAAACACCAAAUCAAAUUCCUUUUAGUUUAAUGUAUUGGUUUUAUUGAAAAGGUAUAAUGAUAUAUCAUCUGUAUAACAAUUCAAAUGUGUAUAGUGUUUGAUGAUUGUGUGCUUUUAAAGGAGAUGUAUAUUUUGCUGAUCCAUAUUUAAAUACAUAUAUUUAGUGUUAUGAUGUUGGACGUCCAUACUUAACGUCGUCAAAGUGUCCCACAUGGACAUAAUGCUGCAUUCAGGUGCUGCUCGGGUUGUCCAAGUUGGGAAGUCGUUCAUCCGACUUCACUGUGUUCACGUGAUUUCAGUUCAGAAAGUGAUAACAGAACAAAAAAAGGGUCGAUGCCAAGAAAAUGAUCAUUGAAAUGUUACUGUUAAGUUAUAUUUGAGCAAAAAGUUGAUGUGCAAUACUUGAAUUAACAAAAAGUAUGUUAACAUUAACGAAACAUAUUUUGCCCUUCAUGACGAUGAUGACGUCAUGUCGGGAAGUCAGGCACCUCAUUACUUUCCGAGUUGUUGUUCCGACUUCAGCAGGUGUUCAGGUGCAUUUUACAACUCGGAAGCUUGUUUUUCUGAUGUGUCCGACACCACAUGAAUGCAGCAUAAUUCAUGGUGAAAGUGAGAAUAGUAGAUCUCCUCUCAUGCUUUUGAAAACAAAUGUUGCAGUGAAUUGACUUGAAUUCCAAGAAGUAUUUCAAUGCCCUUGGAGGUCAUAUUAUGUAGCUUUACAGAAAUAAAGGAAACACAUCAGUAAAUAAAAAAAGGAUCAACUGUACCUAGUUCAUAGGUAGGCACAACAAACACUGACACUUCCUGUAAAAGUUUUUAAAAGAUUGCAAUAUAACAACACACUGUGACCACCAGAGGGUGAUGUAAUGUCAUGAAUAUAUAAACACACUGAAGUUAGUCAUCUGUGCAAAAAGAAUUUAUGAAGACAAGAGCAGAGGGUGUUGUUUUAUCAUUGGACCAUUUGAAGGCAGUGAAUUAACAUGAUUGUGACUUACUGUAACGCCUCAGAAUAGAAUUACUUCAUUGAUCCCAAACUGGGAAAUUGUGGCAUUACAGCAGGAGGUUGUCCAAACACACAAUAUUAG